AUGGCGAAGCUUCCUCUGUUGAUGUUGUUUCUGGGUUCUGUUUUCCUGGCAAUGGUCUCUGAUUCUGUUGGCCAUAGCUUGAGGGAGGACGAGGACCAGCGCUCACGGAACCAGAAUCCUUAUCUUUUCCGAUCUAAAAGCUUCCAAACUCGUUACGAGAACGAACGUGGUCGGAUCCGAAUCCUCCCAAGGUUCGACCAGAGAUCCAAUCACCUUCGAGGGCUCCGAAACUAUCGACUUGUCGAGUACGAGUUAAAACCACAUUCUCUGUUUCUCCCCCACCAUCGCGAUGCUGAAGUUCUUCUUGUUGCCGUCGAAGGCAAGGCCAUUACUAGUAUUGUGAACCAGACUAAUAGAGAGACCUUCAAAAUAGAGGAAGGUGACGUGGUGAAGGUCCCAGCAGGGUCCCUUGUUUAUACUGCAAAUCUUGAAGAAAACCAGAGGUUCAGAGCUGCAAGCCUUGUUCUUCCCGUCAACAUACCUGGGAAUUAUGAGAAUUGGUAUCCGGCAGGCAAUCAAAACCCUCAGUCUUACUACCAGGCCUUCAGCAGGAAAACUCUCGAGGCUACCUUUGAUGAGAACAUCAACGAGAUUCGAAGGAUCCUAUUUGGAAACCGACAACAAGGAGGGCAAGGACAAGAACAGAGUUCAAAUGAGGGAGUGAUUGUGAGAUUGUCGAGAGAACACGCAAGAGAACUAAGAAGGCAUGCCGAAUCAUCUUCAAGCCCAAGAAGAAGAAGAAGAAACCCAAUCAUGAACUUGAAAAACCUUCAUGCUCGUUAUUCCAACGAAUAUGGUAACUUGUGGGAGGCUUGUCCUGAGGAAUUCCACCAACUCAGAGACUUGGAUAUCUCUGUCGGUUGGCUAGAGCUCAAAAGGGGAUCUCUGUUUCUACCACACUACAACUCAAGGGCCAUAGUGCUGGCUCAAAUUAUUGAUGGAAUGGCAAAAGUCGAAAUUCAACAGCGGCAGCAGCAACAGCAGCAAGAGGAAGAAGAACAAAGUCAAAGUGAAGGACACAUUCAGAGGGUUUCUUCUAGGCUGAAUCAAGGUGAUGCUUACGUGGCCCUCGCAGGUCAUCCACUUGCCCUCAGAGCUUCAAAGAGGAAUGAUGUAAGGAUGAUCGCAUUCCUGCUCAAUGCUGAGAACAACCAGAGAAACUUCCUUGGAGGUGAGAGAGACAACGUGAUUAAUGAGAUACCAAGGGUAGUGAAGGAGAGGGCAUUCCCAGGGUCUGGCGAAGAAGUGGAGAGACUGAUCAAAAACCAGAAGAAAUCAUACUUCGUGAAUGCGCAGCGUCGUCAGCAGCGAGGUGAUGAGGAAGGAGACGAAGAGCGGGCUCCAUUGUCUUCCAUUUUGGAUGAAGAUGCUUUCUUUUGA